GGGGCCGCGCUGGGUUCCGUUUCCGGCGCGCCUCGCUCUGGUCCCUGCGGCGGCGGCCGAGCCUUGUGCCUCCGCCAUAUUGUCUGUGUGCGGCGGCGGCGGCGGCGGCGGCGGCCGCGCCAGGUGGAGGAAUCCGAGGCCUUUCUCCUCCUCUCAGCGUUGCAGACCAGGUCGCCUCUGAUUUCACAUCUCGUCAUUUCCGCCUGCCAACCUGUCUGAUAUGUCGGGACCCGUGCCGAGCAGGGCCAGGGUUUACACGGAUGUGAACACACACAGACCCCGCGAGUACUGGGACUAUGAGUCGCACGUUGUUGAGUGGGGAAAUCAAGAUGACUACCAGCUAGUUCGAAAAUUAGGCCGAGGCAAAUACAGUGAAGUAUUUGAAGCCAUCAACAUUACAAAUAAUGAAAAAGUAGUUGUUAAAAUUCUCAAGCCUGUUAAAAAGAAGAAAAUCAAGCGUGAAAUCAAGAUCUUAGAGAACUUGCGAGGCGGGCCCAAUAUAAUCACCCUUGCAGAUAUAGUAAAAGAUCCUGUGUCUCGGACACCCGCUUUGGUUUUUGAACAUGUAAACAACACAGACUUUAAGCAAUUAUACCAGACAUUAACAGAUUAUGAUAUUCGAUUCUACAUGUAUGAGAUUUUGAAGGCUCUAGAUUACUGCCAUAGCAUGGGAAUCAUGCACAGAGAUGUCAAACCUCACAACGUCAUGAUUGACCAUGAGCACAGAAAGCUUAGACUAAUAGACUGGGGUUUGGCUGAAUUCUAUCACCCUGGCCAAGAGUACAAUGUCAGAGUGGCUUCCAGAUAUUUCAAAGGACCUGAACUCCUUGUAGAUUAUCAGAUGUAUGAUUACAGUCUGGAUAUGUGGAGCUUGGGUUGCAUGUUGGCUAGUAUGAUAUUCCGAAAGGAACCAUUUUUCCAUGGCCAUGACAACUAUGAUCAGCUGGUGAGGAUAGCCAAGGUGCUGGGGACAGAAGAUCUGUAUGACUACAUUGACAAAUACAACAUUGAGCUGGAUCCACGUUUCAAUGACAUCUUGGGCAGACACUCCCGUAAGCGAUGGGAGCGCUUUGUUCACAGCGAGAACCAACAUCUGGUGAGUCCAGAAGCUCUGGAUUUCUUAGACAAGCUGUUGCGAUACGAUCACCAGUCACGACUCACAGCGAGAGAAGCCAUGGAACACCCCUACUUCUAUCCCAUUGUGAAAGACCAGGCUCGGAUGGGCUCGUCCAACAUGCCGGGUGGCAGCACUCCUGUCAGCAGUGCGAGCAUGAUGUCAGGGAUUUCUUCAGUGCCAACACCUUCACCCCUUGGACCUCUAGCAGGCUCACCCGUCAUCUCUGCCACCACCACCCUGGGGAUGCCGGUUCCAGCUGCUGCAGGCGCCCAGCAGUAGUGACGGGCUCUGUCUCCUGCUGCCUGAGCUGAGUCAGGUGGGGAAGAGGUUUCCCCCUCCACCUCUCCUCAGGACGCAGCUCGUGCCUGGCAGGGGAAGGGAGGGGAUGAACGCUUUGGAGACACCGUGUCUGAACUGUUGCUUGUGGAUUUAUAGUAGUUCAGUCAUUAUAUACAAAAUUAUUAUAGGCUGAUUUUUCUUUUUUUACUUGAACUUUUCGUAACUCAGGGGAUUCCCUGAAAAUACCUACAGAUGGAAUAUUUCUUGGACAGUUUUUCUUUCCCCCCCCAUCCCCCCCCCCAAAAAAAAAGAAAAAAGUACUCUUCAUUUAAUAA